GCUGUAACGGGACACUUCUCAGGGCACCGAGGCUUCACCCGCCGCAUCCAUCUCUGGCACGUCCAGACUCUCCACAGGAAGCUCCCCCCCGGCGCGGGCGAUGCGGACGCCGCAGAGGCAUUCCCGUGUCAGCGCUCCGGAACGGUCGGUGGCACCCUGAGUGCGGGUCGAGUGAUCGGAGGGACUGCGGAGCCCCGAGGGGGGAGUUCACGCCGAGCCGGAGCGGCCGUCCGGAGACGAGUGCCGGUCUUUGUGACGUGCCUGCAAGAUGCCACCUCGGCUCUAGGCCCUCCCUAAUCCUGCCUGGGCGACCCAGAGGAUCCUCCUCAGUCCCAGGACACCUCAUGACUCAUCCAGUUCAUCCUCUGCAGCUACAAGACACUGAACAAUUCAACCCACUCUCUCUGUUGGGGUUUUCCUUUUCCUGCUUCAGACUCAGAUCGCCAUCUCAUCUGAUUCGGAAUCCUGAUGCACCAAUUGAAUCUAUCGUGAUGGAGCCGCCGAGACUCAACCACAUGAAGAAAUGUCAAUGGGAAUUCUGAAACUGCUCAUUUCUCUUCUCCCUGGGGUUUCCCUCUGUUAGUUGGCAGUCCAAACCUUAGCGUGUCUAUCAUUAAGAAAUAACUCCUUGUUAUGAGGGGCGCUCGGGCCCAAAGGACUGAAAGGUGCAGCCAUUUUUAUGCUCAGAUUGUUUGCAUUAGACCUGGGCUGUGGCAGGAAAGUUUUUCAAGUUUACAAGAUUUAACAUAAGUUUCAGGAGGCUGAGAUAGAGUCUCAAAAACAAAAUUGACACACUCUAGGUUCUUUCUGCCUCCAUUACUUGAUCUGCGCUGCCCAGUGCGGAGCGGCAAGCUUCCCAGAUGCCGCCAUGCCCAUCAUCAGCAACGCCAACCAUGACUUCAGCAAUCUGUCCGUCAGCGAUGACAGCAGCCUCGACCACAUCUUCACAGAAAUACCUGAGACUGCCACCAUCAAGGGCGUGUACUACCAGAGGGCUCAGCUCAUCCGUCGACCAGAGGACCUGGUGUCCAUUGACCACGCCCUACUGGCGGUGAUCAAUGUUGGGGGAAACCGCUACACCUUCCCCUGGAGCACUCUGGAGCAGUUCCCUCUGACAAGACUUGGUCGACUGUGCGGCUGCCGAUCGGCUGAGGACAUCGCGCGGGUCUGCGACGACUAUGACGAGGCGCAAAAGGAGUUCUUCUUCGACCGCUCGCCAUCCGCCUUCAGGGUCAUACUUAACUUCCUGGCCGCGGGGAAGCUGCGCCUGCUGAGGGAGAUGUGCGUCCUCUCCCUGCACGACGAGCUGACCUACUGGGGGGUGGAGAUAACGUACAUGGAGCGCUGCUGCAAGAGGAAGAUGUACACCCGCAUCGAGGAGGUGAACGAGCUGGAGAGGCGGGAGGAGGAGUGCAGGCAGAGAAACGCCAUGCAGCGCGUGCCAGUGGAGGAGACGAGGUACAGGAAGGUGAUGAACUGGCUGAGAGACAUGGUGGAGAAUCCGCAGUCGGGCUUACCGGGGAAGAUCUUUGCCUGCCUGUCUGUGAUCAUGGUUGCGGUGACUGUCAUCAGCUUGUGCAUCAGCACCAUGCCAGACCUCAGAGAAGAAGAGGACAGGGGUGAGUGUUCAUCUAAGUGCUACAACAUGUUCAUCAUAGAGACAGUGUGCGUGGCCUGGUUCUCCCUGGAGUUCCUCCUGCGGUUUAUUCAGGCCCCCAGCAAGCUGGAAUUCCUCCGCGGGCCGCUCAACAUCAUCGACGCCAUGGCCAUCCUUCCCUACUACGUCUCCCUGGUGGUGUCAGAGGACGACCCGUCCCUGGAGCACGAGAAGCCAGGAGGAGGUAAGGGCUACUUGGACAAGCUGGGCCUGGUGUUGCGGAUCCUGCGGGCGCUGAGGAUCCUCUACGUGAUGCGGCUGGCUCGCCACUCUCUCGGCCUGCAGACCCUUGGGCUGACGGUAAGGCGCAGCACCAGGGAGUUUGGCCUCCUCCUGCUUUUCCUCUGCGUGGCCGUCACGCUCUUCUCCCCGCUGGUCCACCUGGCUGAGAGCGAGCUCACGGGCACCCACGACUUCAGCAGCAUCCCAGCCUCCUACUGGUGGGCAAUUAUCUCCAUGACAACCGUGGGCUACGGCGACAUGGUGCCCAGGUCCAUUCCAGGACAGGUUGUAGCGCUGAGCAGUAUCCUCAGCGGGAUCCUCAUCAUGGCCUUCCCUGCUACCUCCAUCUUCCACAUGUUCUCCCGGUCCUACCAAGAGCUCAAGAUGGAGCAUGACAGGUUGUUCAAAGAGGAGUGCGCGGCGGCUGCUGCUGCCGCUGCCUCUGGGGAGCUGCAGGAGGCGGGAGGCGUAGAAGGGGGGGAGAACUCGGCUCCGCCUGGGCUGGGAUUACGUCUAGACGAGGAUAGUGUGCACUCACUGGAGUCUCUUUCUCUGUUAGGGAAAGGUGGCAAAGCGGCAGGAAAUAACAACCACAACCUGCCACCUGCAGCCUUCUGAACAGAACUGACUGACCUAACAAGAAGAUAUGAGUCCAUUCUGUGUUGCAUACAAUAAGUACUGCUAAGACUAUUGCUUCAAAGGCCUCACCUCCCAUAAGGUUGUGAAGGCAUGGAUUUAAGGGAGAUUGAACAGACAGCAUUUCUUUUGCUCUGCAUAGAAUAAGUGUGCACACUGUAAACUGCACAGAAACGGAAAGACUUUAAACCCUUUAACUUGGACAGUUCAGUGUGUCUGACCAGAAAGCCUCUGCAGCAUUAUUAGUAAUUAGCUGCUUCCAUGAACAUGCAAUAUUCAAUCCAAAGUUGCUUUUCCUUCCACUGUGAAAAUACUUAUAAGCCCGACUGCAACUUUUUAAGUUUUAUUUUAUUUUUCAAUAUAUUGCCUACAGAAUGAGUUGAAAAUGUGUCUCAUACUUAAUCAUUUUCUUUCAUGAAUUCAAAGAAGUGCUCCUCUUAGAAGCUUGAAGCCAUGUUCUGAGAAUAAAUACACAGAAACUGAUGGCCAUAUAAAUAAACCAUCUAUAUCUUUCUGGUUUAUGUUUGAAUGCCCGGACACACAGACUCUCUAUCGCAAACUCAAGGUAAGCGGUGUGAAGAUACUUUUUGGUGCAGGUUGUUUUUAACCGAGUGCGACGGAGAAGCGAGAGGAUGGAGGGAGAGAAAGCGUGUUUGUGUUGGGGAGAGAGACGGUGUGCGAGCGCGAGAGGAUGAGCAGUAACCACCAUGACGUGUACUUUGCAACGCUCCAAAUAAAAGCUCUCCUAGUAAUCUGAGAGAAAUUCAUUUUCUGGGGCUGCAGUUUUUUGGGAUUGUUCUGCGUAUGAGUCUAAUUCCUUGGCACGUCAGGAUGCUCAAUCAGAGUUGAAUUUAACUGAGAGAAAAGACUGAAACAGCUGUGCGAGCCAAAUGCAAAGAUAACAGAUGACAAUUCCCUCUUACAUCACCUCCUUGUUUCCAUCCUCCUUGUUAAACCACUCGGGCAGGGGGCCAUGUCUCUCCACACAUCUACGAAUGAAGGCUCAGCCUAACGUUACAUCUUCACGCCCGGGAUAAAAAAUAAAUAAAAGAAAACUCAUCCAUUCUAUCCUGGGGUGAACUCCAAAGAAGGGUGGUGUCAUGCUCCCUUUUCUGAGAAGAGUGGUCAGCAGCCUGGGGUCCAAGAAGGAUGUGGAGGCAUGCAGGGGACAUGCCAGAUGUGGAUUUAAUCUAGAUUAAAGUUGGGAUUAAAGGCCCGUAAACAAAUGAGUUGCCGCCUGAAACUUAACUCUAUCCAGUUGCUUUGAAUUUGAGUUUGAGUUUCUUUUUCUCUCCCCAGGAUGCCAGGGAUUCCAGUGCAGUCAGGUUUGACAUUCUGGUGUAUUUCUCUCCCAAACGGCAUCACAUUUCAUAGCUUGAGUGAGAUUUAUAGGUGAAGUGGAAUUUGCAAUCGGCGAUAACUUUGCAUGAUGAGUCAUGAUGUAUCACAGAGACUCAGGCUAUUAUCCAUCUGUACACUUCAUGGCUUAAAAGACAUCAAUAUCACGAUUAACAAUACAUAUUUCGCAGAACCGAUUAAAACCUGCAUGGAUCGCAACUCUGAAAACCAUGGGCUUGCAUCCUAAUGAGAGCAAUAAAGAUACACGACUGGUAAUAAAUGGGUUUUUAGCUGCUCGGAUGGUUGGAUCAGGUUUAUUGAUGAAACUCCACACAAGUAAAGGGCCAGUUGCGCAAGUCAUCGCUCAUGCUGAUGUAAAACAAAGUGAACUCUACACCAAAACGCCAUUUUCUUUUAACUCACUGAAGUGGCACAAGGAAUUACAAUUACAUGAGAAAUAACCUCCCUCAGGGAUAUUUUUUGUUUUCCAAAAUGCAAGAGGCACAGCAGGAGGAAGCAGCUUGCCUUUGUGUUAAACGCUCACAAAUAUCCCCGCUAGUAUCAUUAUGCCUCAAAUUGUCAUAUGAGCACCUGCACCCAUACAUCCAUUGAUUCUGGUUUUGAAUUGGAAUUGAUGAAAGUAAUAGUCUAUCUCAAUCUAGAUAUCUCAAGUAUGAACCAUCUUUACAGACAAAGAAUAGAUGACAUUUCUAUCCCGUUUGACAGUUACAUUUAACAAUCACCUCAUCAUGUGUGAAACUACAGACUUCCAUCAUCAGGCUUCUGCUCACAAAAUCAUUGCUCUGCGUUUACCAUCAUAGGACCCGAUUCAAAAGGUGUGAACGGCAUCACAAAUCCUCAAUUCAACACUUGCAAAAGACAAUUGAUUCAUAGCAAAGGAAGUCAUGAAGACAU